ACGCAACUUCCAACCCCACCCACCACACUCGCAUCAUGCGCAGUCCCCGUCGGCGGCUCGAACACCUCCAUCCUUGACGCGUGUUGUAAUGGACACAUAAAUGCCAUCGCCACGUACUCCGCCCCGGACUCUUCAUCAAAUUCUGAUUCAGAAAAUGGCUGCUUCCAAUACUGUGUUACAAACAAUCCACAGGCUGUGAAAACCUGUCUGAGUGAGAAGCUCGGGAUGUAUGGCGAGAGCGGACCAAUAUUUGAGUGCUUCAAUAUGGCGGAUGUCAAAACGGGAGGAAUUGGAGGUGGAUAUAGCAGUGUGGGAGUGAGGUUGAGCAUAGAGGGUGGAUCGGGGUGGAUGUUGGGAGCCGUACUCGGCAUAGUAGUUGUUGCCACAAUCAUGGGUGCUGUAUGA